AUGGCAACUGGAAACGUCAAAAGCGAUUCAAAUUGUUUUCGGUUGAAAGCCAAUAGGUCAUCAGAAUAUUAUUGCGCGAUAUUUCGUGGGUGGAGCAGUGUAUCAAAUAUUUCUCUCUGUUGCGCGCUUUUGUUGGUUAAACAACAUGUCAAAACUGAAUCGUAUUUGGGAACACUUUUUACUUCGAUUCGAUCCUCCUCGUCGCCUUUACUUCAUGAUCUCUGA